AAUGCUAAAAAGAAAUUAGACGACUGUAUUUCUGAGAAUGUUGACCCAAGACAAUGGAAGAAAAAAAUAAGCGAUACAGAGCAAUGUUUAGACAAAUGUUUGAAGCUCAAAAUACCUUCAAAUGAUGAAGACAUUAUGGCUGCAAAGACUGUUCUAGAUUUUCUUAGAUGUAAAGACAAACUUCGAGAUUGUAAACUGAGAAGACACUUAGGGGUAACAAUAAAAACCUUAGAUCUUGUCAGUCGCUAUAGAAACAAAAUUGCUGUUACAAAAGAGAUUGAAACUGUCAGAAAAUUGAAAGAAGAGCUGACUGCACUUAGAGGCUCAGCAUUGGAAAAAGCUCACAGAGAUGUGCUGGCUUUGCACCAUCCACCUGUGGAAGUAGAGGACGUGUUUAAAUCCUUGCUAGUGCUGUUGGGGGAAUCCGAUGUCGCUGAUUUGGAAUGGGCUUCAGUUCAAAAACGUCUUAAAGAACUCGCGGAAAGGGAAUCUGUGCUGAACAGAAUGAAAAUGAUACAAAAGAAGGAAAUAAACAAACAAAAGAAACAAAGAGUGAUGGAGAUCCUUGGAAAAUAUAAUGGCAACCAAAACCGCAUUAGAGAAGCCAGCAGUGAUGCAUAUAGAUUUUAUGCGUGGAUACUAAAUGUCAUUAAAGAGCAAGGGGCAAGCCUGUAACUGGCAAAUUCAUGAAAAAAAUAGUUUACUUGAUUUCUUAGAAAUAUGUAUAUAGCAUAGACAUGUUGCGUUUCAACAAACAAGAGACGAUUAUGUGUAUAACUUGUUUCAGUACUAAGUGUAAAAUCAUCAUUGACUCUGUUAUGUUAUAAUUGCAUGUGAUUUUAUAUUUUAUGUAUGAAGGUAAACGGAAUUUCCCUUAAUAUGGACCUUAUGAAAAGAGCAAACUGUCGAAAUGAUAAGGUAUGACUAAGCAAGGGGAUUUAUGUCACGAAAUAUU